UAACCACUACCAUUAUUUUCGUUAUUUUUUUUUGACUGGAAUGGAAUAUUAUUGAGACAAGAAAUAUCUCUGGGUGCUGUAAAAGAAAAGUUUAGUUUUGUAGACAAACGAAGUUUGUUGGGGGGGUGAAAAUAGUCCCGGUGGGGCGGGGCCAUGACUGAUGACGUCAACGUCCGGGCGCGCAGUUCGGUUUGGCGGUUCUGCACCGCCACUAGUCGGAGUCGAGAUGUGGCAGCGCGUGAAUACUGCAGCUGAGGAGCUUUACUCUCGUCUUCUACAGGCAUUUGAUGAAGAAAAGAAAGGUAUCUAUAAAGACCCAUUUAUCUACGAGGCUGAUGUGCAAGUGCAGUUGAUCAGCAAAGGUCGGCCAAACCCUUUGAAAAGUAUUCUAAAUGAAAAUGACACGGUAUUCAUUGCAGAAAAAGUGCCUUUAGAAAAGGAAGAAACAAGUCACAUUGAAGAACUGCAGUCUGAAGAGACUGCCAUUUCUGAUUUCUCUACUGGUGAAAGUGUGGGGCUGCUUGCUUUACCGGUUGGGAGAGCGAGGCAGUUAAUUGGACUUUACGCCAUGGCUCACAACCCUAAUAUGACCCACCUGAAGAUUACCCGGCCAGUUACUGCCCUCCCUCCCCUCUGGGUACGAUGUGAUGGUUCGGACCCUGAGAGUACCUGCUGGCUGGGAGCUGAGCUCAUCGUGGAGAAUGGUAGUACUACAGGAGUCGUCUUGCACGGGGUCAGCUGUACAGCAGAUAAAAAUUAUUCUGUAAAUCUUGAAAACCUAAAAAGUUCACACAAGAAAAGACAUCACUUGACUACUGUGACAGCCAGGGGCUUUGCCCAGUAUGAGCUCUUUCAGUCCACUGCCUUGGACGACACAGUUGCCCCAUCGCAAACUAUGAUCACUUUGGAUAUUUCCUGGAGUCCCGUCGAUGAGAUUCUCCAAACCCCUCCUCUCUCUUCAGCUGCAACUCUGAAUAUUAAAGUGGAAUCAGGAGAGCCCAGAGGUCCUUUGACUCAUCUUCACCGAGAACUAAAAUUUCUCCUUGUUUUGGCUGAUGGUUUGAGGACGGGUGUGACGGAAUGGCCUGAGCCUCUGGAAGUAAAAUCUGCUGUUGAACUCGUGCAGGGAUUUCUGAAUGACUUAAAUAAGCUGGACGGAUUUGGUGAUUCUACAAAAAAAGACACAGAGACAGUGAAGCAUGAUGCUGCUGCAAUCGAUAGGUCCCUGGAGUGCUUCACAGUGCGGGGCGAUCUUGAUUUUGCUGAGCAGCUGUGGUGCAAAAUGAGCAGUAGUGUGGUUUCCUAUCAAGACGUGGUGAAGUGCCUCACUCUGGUCAUCCAGAGUCUGCAGCGUGGUGACAUACAGCCAUGGCUCCACAGUGGCAGUAACAGUUUACUGAGUAAGCUCAUCCAUCAGUCUUACCACGGAGCCAUGGGUGCAGUUUCUCUCGGUGGGACCAUUUCAGUCCAAAUGCUUCUGGAGAUUGGCUUGGACAAACUAAAGAAAGAUUAUAUCAGUUUUUUUAUAGGUCAAGAACUUGCAUCUUUGAACCAUCUGGAAUACUUCACUUCCCCAUCAGUAGACAUCCAAGAACAGGUUUACCGUGUUCAAAAACUCCACCACAUUCUAGAAAUACUAGUCAGUUUCAUGCUUUUCAUUAAGCCUCAACAUGAACUCCUCUUUUCUUUAACACAAUCCUGCAUCAAAUAUUAUAAACAAAAUCCCCUUGACGAGCAACACAUUUUUCAGCUGCCAGUCAGACCAACCACUAUAAAAAACUUAUAUCAAAGUGAGAAGCCACAGAAGUGGAGAGUGGAGAUAAACAGCGGUCAGAAGAAGGUUAAAACGGUUUGGCAGCUGAGCGACAGCCCACCUGUAGACCAUCUGAAUUUCCACAAACCUGAUUUUUCUGAACUAACACUCAACGGUAGCCUGGAAGAAAGGACAGCCUUUACCACCGUGGUUACCUGCAGCCAAGUGCAUUUCAAGUAGAGCGUGCUGAAUGGGUCCCCUGGGCCGCAGCACAAAUCAAAAAGAUAAAAAGGUAAUUAUUGCAGAGCCUGAAACAGACUUGUGUGUAAAAUUUUGAAGCAGAAAAAGGAGGAGGAUCCUGAAGAAUCUCUGAAAACCGACACUGCGAACCUGGC